AUGAGCUCGACCUCUCAUCCUGAACUUCGUCAAUUACGUGUUCAGCUUCAAUCCAUUUACGAUUCUAUAGUUCAUUUCCAACCGCCAGUCAAAAAACCUCCAAUACUGGACUCGGCUCUCGAAGUGAUCCGAAACCCGAACGAAGAUACCCAUUGGCUGCAUCACGAAAAUCUUCCUGGACUCAAGAAGCUCAGAGAGACGGUUAAAGUAGACCUGGAUAUUCUUGAGAAGUAG